GGGGGCAGUAAUGCGGGGCUCCCGGGACCUGGCUGGGAAGAGACGGCGUCGAUUAAGGCGGGUGACUGGGCCAGGGGAGCGCCAGGCAGCCUGCUGGGGGGAGCUGUCCGCGGUGCUGGAGCGUGCGGCGGCGGCGGCAGCGCCGCGGAGCUGAGCUGGAAGCCAGAGAGCUCUAGCCCACUGGGGAGAGGCGGGGGCACCCGGAGACGAGAGGACUAUGCCUGGAUUGCGACUCCUGAGUCCCGUGGAGGCGGGAACCUACGCCACCCGCCAGCAGGCUCCUCGAAGGCACUAAUUCCAUCCCCAGCUGUGGCUCGACCAAACACCUGCACCACCAGCCCCUCUACUCCCACCCGGGUAAACAUGGAGAGCCUGAACGAUGUGCACAAUCCACUGCUGGCCAGGAGUAACGGUCACCUCUCCAACCCGUAUCCCUUCCAUGAGGACUCUCCGACUUGGGACUGCCAGGAGAAGUUCUACUCCUACUUCUUUGGCGGUGCCGGUCAAGCCAGAACCCACCAGCUAUUAGAUGCAGGGUCCCUGCAGCUGGCUGUAGAGGCACUGUAUGGGUCCAAUUUUCUCCUCGUGAAGGACAAAGCUAAAGACUGGAAAGGAGAUAGCUGUGAGACUACCUUCACAGAGAGCAAGGAGCCGCAGGCCAGCACCCCGGAAGGAGUCCAGAGAGCCGGUCAGGCUGAGGAGGAUGCCAAGAUUCAGACGGUAUCCUUUGAUGUGGAAGAUGAGUUUCUGGAGGUGGAGGAAGACGAUGAUGAGAGUGACUCCUCCAGUGCCAGCGAGAGUGAAGAUGGUUUCCUCACUCUACCACCCCGGGACCACCUUGGCCUCGCCAUCUUCUCUAUGCUCUGCUGCUUCUGGCCUCUGGGCAUUGCUGCCUUCUACUUCUCACAAAGGACCAGCAAGGCCAUCUCCAAAGGGGACUUUCACCUGGCCAGCACAACUUCUCGGCGGGCCCUCUUCCUGGCCAUUCUCUCCAUCACCAUUGGCACCGGUGUCUAUAUUGCAGUGGUGGUGGCGCUGGUGGCUUACUUGUCCAAGAGCAGCCAGGGCUAGUGGGGCCCAAGUCACUGAGAAGCACUCAGUCCCUCCCUCACCAGUGGUUCAAGGGAGCCUGAAUCUCCCUCCAUGGGUACUAAUACCCUCAGUAUCCUGGUGUUUGCAGACAAGCUGGAGCCAAGUGCCCUGGACAAUCACUUUCCAACAUGAUCCCAUUCCUGUUCCCCCAAAAGGAGUUGGGGAAGAGAAGGCUAGCAGGCCCACAUCUGUCUAGCUUCAGAGACUCUUGAUCUCAUCUCAUUAUAUUUAUUCUCCCCUCACGUAGGCCCCAAUCCAAAUGAGGGGUACAGGGAGCUUAUUUCACUGACUCCCUUUUCCUGUCCUCCCUAAACUCUCUCCAACCUGUUAUAUUCCCUCUUGUCAAAGGGGACACAGUGGUCAAUGCCCCCAUCAAGUUAUGCCAGCCUAGUACCAGCUCUGGCAUGAGAGCAAAUCUGAGACAGGCUGAAAAUGCAAACCCAUCUCAUUCCCACUACGUUCUGUCUCUUUCCUGGAGACGGUUUUAUAAACAUUGUGAGUAGCUAACUCCUUCACCCUCCCAAGUCUCAAGGGAAGGUAGAGGAACAUGGAAGGAGGAUGGGGUUGCUUGAUAUUCAGGUUGCCGAUGGAGAAAGGGACAAGCAGGAAGAAGCAGGAGACCUGAUCAAAAUCACAUAAGAGCCACUUGACAUUCAACUAAGCUGGAAACAGACCUGAUCCCCCCCGGACACAUGGAUCUUGAACUUGUCAUUUGGCUAGGACAAAAAUGGAUGGAUUCCAAUUUUCUUUGCUCUCAUCAAAUAUGAGAAACCUCCAUUUCAAUUCAAUUAAACAAAAUUUAAAGACGACAUAUCUUUUAUCUUCAUGGAAUUUUACACUCUAUUCAUCUUCUUUGAUAUAUGAGAUGUUUCCUUUUGCCACCUGGUGGACAUGGUUGAGCUGUGAACAGAAAAUGAAUGAUUGGUCAUUAAAAACCUUUCAACAUAUGUUUACUUUCAUUUUCUCUAAAGUGAUAAUGUCAAGAACCCAACCAGUGCAUGGGAAGACGGGGAGGAGCAAACAGACAGAUUGGUUAUUGAGAUCUUGGAAUUAUGAGGUUCCUUAUCUCCCAGGAGACAUGAAAAAUCAUAGAAUCUUUGACUUUAAGCCAGAAGGAACCUUUACACGUCAUCUUGUCCAACUGCC